CUGAUGUCAGAAUAGCAAAUAUUCUUCCCUGUUCAAUCAUUUGCAAGCAAGGACACAAAGGAAGGGCCAUUGUGACUCAAGCUGUAGCUAAAACCAGUCCAAUGCAACAGACGUUUCAAGAACAGCAGCAGAAAAAUGAUGACCUAACUGAAUGGAACAAGAAGGCACGUAUUUUCAAGAAGACAUCUCUAUUCUUAGAGUAGAAAUUUCCCUUCAAGAUGACAAGUGGUUCAAACCCUUCAGGAUCUUACUUGCCCUCAAAAGUAAGAUGUUCCAAAAUAGAUGACAACUACUUGAAGGAAUUGAAUGAGGACUUAAAGCUAAGGAAGCAGGAACUGCUAGAGAUCCUAAAACCUCUUGAAGAUAAGAACAAUCUCUUAUUUCAGAAGUUGAUGUCUAACUUGGAAGAAAAACAGAGAAGUCUACAGAUCAUGAGGCAGAUCAUGGCAGGGAAGGGGAGUGAAGAAUCCUCAGUCAUGGAGCUCAUUAAGGAAGCAGAGGAGAUGAAGCAGAAUCUGGAAAGGAAAAACAAGAUGCUUCGGAAGGAAAUGGAGAUGCUAUGGAACAAGACAUUCGACACAGAAGAACUUGGUGAUCAACAAAAAGCACCGCAGAUAAAAAACAAAGCCGACUUGCAGGAUGGGAAGGUUCCCAAAACCCCCUCCUCACCUAGGAAGACCAAGAAUGAACUGGAGACAUCAUGUGCAGAGAAAGUGAAAGAGAAAAAGAAGAAGCUCUUUCUUCCACCAGGAAAAGCCACAGAGGAAAAUGGAAUGGGUCAGGUAUCAGGAACAAGCCAACAUUCUUCAGGUACUGUGAACACUACAACUACCAGCAGAUUAACUACCAGCAAAAACGAAUCUAAUGUGAGAAUUCUGGGAUCAAAAACCUACACAGAACAACAAAGAGCUAAAGGAAGUCAGUUUGAUGAUGUAGGAGGGAGGAUCUUUUUUCUGAGGUCACUGCCAGAUGAAGCUCUGAAGGAUUAGAAGGCUUUCACUCCGUUUGCUUUGGACAGAUUUAAAGAUGAGGCACAGCCAUUUGUGUUAAUUAAAAUCUCUCAAACCUU